CUUUUCUGAUCGGUUACUUAGGUUCCUUGUUUUUCGUGUGGAAGUAUAUUUUAUUUUAUUUUUUCUACUUCUAUUUAAGUUCCAUUCAGAGUUCUUCAAGAAUCAAGCAUUAUGGGUUCCUCUGUGCAAUCCAUUGAAGGGGUUGUGGAGGAGAUCAUGAGAACCCACAAAUCCCUGCCCACUAGGCCUGGUAUAGAUGAGGUUGUAGCAGCGAAGGCCUUGAUCUAUAAUGUUGAGAAGGAAGAACAGUUCAGAAUAGAUACAAUUUCUAAGCAGAGGAAGGGCCCCAAUAUCCCAGAUGAGUUGUUCUUUGUGAUGCAAGAGAUGCAGAGGAAUUUAGUUUCUUUCCAGAGUAAAGAACAGAAGAGAGAAGCUGUGCAAUUGCUUGAUCUCGAAAACAUCCACGCGCUAUUCGAUGAAUUCAUCCAAAGAGCGUCAAAAUGCAUUCCUUCUGCCUCCAAUUAUUACCAGCCUGACUGUUCUAACGGCUCAAUUUCCGCAAUUACGAGCAGUUUCUCUGCAAGCAGUGCUUCUGCCUUUGUUACUGGUCUCGAAUCUUCAGUGGCUUCGUCUGGGUUCUACGCUGAGAAAGACUCUCUAAGGAGUUCUGAGAUGUUUAGUAGAGAUGAUAGUUAUUUGAAGACGGCAAAAGCAUCCUUUUAUAGCGAUGGAGUUCGAACUGUUCCAUCUAGAACCCAUGUUUCGGAUUCUUCUAUCAAAUUUGUAUCUACUUCUGGUCAAGAUGGUGAGAAGUUGAGUCUGAUUAAACUAGCCAAUUUGAUUGAGGUCACCUCAAAGAAAGGUACUAAGGAACUCAACCUCCAGAACAAGUUGAUGGAUCAGAUAGAAUGGUUACCAGACUCGAUAGGGAAGCUGUCAGGUUUAGUCACUCUCGAUUUGUCUGAGAACCGGAUUGUUGCUUUACCAGCCACAAUUGGAAGGCUUUCUUUGUUGGCAAAACUAGACCUGCGCUCAAACAAGAUUACUGAACUACCUGAAUCCAUUGGGGAUCUCUUUAGCCUGGUUUAUCUAAACUUGGGAGGGAAUGGUUUACCAUCUCUGCCUGCUGCAAUCGGCAGAUUAUCCUGUCUUGAGGAGCUCGAUGUGAGCUCAAACCAACUGUCAUUGCUCCCUGAGUCAAUUGGAAACCUUGUCAACCUGAAGAAGUUGAACAUUGAGACAAACAAUAUUGAAGAAAUUCCACAUACUAUUAGCCAGUGCGCAUCCCUUGUUGAGCUAAGAGCAGACUAUAACCGGCUGAAAGCCAUUCCAGAAGCUGUAGGGAGGAUUGCAUCACUUGAGCUUCUCUCUGUUAGGUAUAAUAAUAUCAGACAACUACCUACCACAAUGGCAUCUCUAACCAACUUGAGGGAGCUUGAUGUUAGCUUCAACGAGCUAGAAGCAGUGCCGGAGAGCUUGUGCUUUGUGACCACACUCGUCAAGAUGAAUGUAGGGAGCAAUUUUGCUGACCUACAGUCACUACCACGAUCCAUUGGGAACCUUGAGAUGCUGGAAGAGUUGGAUAUCAGCAAUAAUCAGAUUCGGGUCCUUCCAGACUCUUUUGGGAUGCUAUUGCGGUUACGGGUGCUUCGUGCAGAAGAAAAUCCUCUGGAAGUGCCACCUAGGCAUAUUGCAGAAAAGGGUGCACAGGCAGUCAUUGAAUAUAUGAUUGAACUUAUUGCGAGGAGGGAUAUCAAGGCACAACCAAUCAAGCAAAAAAAGAACUGGACUCAAUUCUGCUUGUUUUCGAGGCCUAAGAAAAGGAAGCAUGAUGGUCUGGACUAUGUGAAAGCCUAAAUUUGGAAGCUCGAACAAGGACAGAACAUUACACUUUAUUGGGGAGUUUGAGUUUCAGAAGUUUGAUGGAAAAUCUUAUGUUAGUACAAGGAAUUCUCCUGGUCCAAGAAAUGGAAGCUAUGCAGAUACGACUCUGAUCUUUGCUUAUUGUAGUGUAAUUCUCUUAUCUGUUUUUUUGUUGCUACUGUAUUUUUUGUCAUUGAACUAGUAUGAGAUAUCCACCUCAAGUGUCAAGAGUCAGAGAGAGAGAGAGAGAGAAGUUGUAUUCCACAAUCAUCAAUAGUUAAAUAAAUACAUAUGUUCCCUUUUCACCGUUAUUCUUCAUAAAAUCUUUUCUAAUAGAAACUAAUAUUGUUUUCUUUUUCAAGGAAAUUUUUGGUUAAAGAUUUUGCUUUGAAUAGUACAUUUACCUUUACACCCAUG